AACAGCCGAUUUUUGUUGACAGUCUUUUUUGUCGGGAAUAAUUUGCAGGACGCACCGUUGUUAUUUAUUUCCGGUAUUAAUUUUCGGGUUACUUUCAGUUUUCGUAAUGUAAAAUACACGUUUUAAAUGAAAAUCAGUGUCAAAGUCAAUGGAUUACAGUCUUCAGUAAACAACAACAGUUUCACAGCGUCGAAGGCAAUAAUUAUCUAUGUGUGUUUUAAGUAAUUCAUUGUUUUGUACUCAAAAUUUUGUGUUAAAUAAUAACUAAAUCGGAUUUUGAGUGCAAAACUUAUAUUAAAAUACACGGACACACGACUUAACACAAUUGAACAUGUUUUGAUCAACGAUAGACAGGGAAUAUGGACAGAAGAUUCAUCGUUUUCACGAUUUUCUUAUUUGAGAAUGCUGCGGGAUAUAUAAGUCCUUAUUACAUGGACAACUACUGCUCUUUUGGCACUGGGUCCGGCUCAAUAGAUAUAUCAGAUACUGACGCCAUACGUCUACGACUGACGUCAAGUUGGCAAUAUGAUGAAAACAUGGACUGCACGGUGAAAAUCACAACAUCAUACUCCAACCAGCUUAUGCUGUACUUUAGGAGUAUUGACAUAGAGGGGACAGGAUACGGAAGUUGUAAAUAUGAUUAUCUGGGGAUAUAUGACGGAUCUUCCACCAGUUCUUCCUAUGUUAGCGGUUUCUACGGAAAGCAGUGUGGAUCAUAUAUAACCAGCUCCGUGGAGACUUCAACCGGAAAUACUGUAACACUGCGGUUUAAGAGUGACGGAUCUAUGCAGGGAAAGGGAUUUGAUAUGGUCAUCACCUCAUAUGACGACGGAUUUUGUGACAGUUCGGAAUACGAAUGCAGUAACGGUCGUUGUAUUGACAACAGCAUCACUUGUAACGGAUACAACCCCUGUGGUGACUAUUCGGACUGCUCCCUUUCGGCCGGUUCCAUAACCGGAAUUGUCGCCGGAUGUCUGUCAUUUGCAUUUGUUGUUUUCAUCGUAACUGCCAUAUUCUGCAGACGUCGGCGGCUACUGCUUCAAGCCAGGCCUGUAGUUCAACACAAUCAAGUUGCCACAGUGUCAACAACUGUUGGCAAUACAUACAACCAGCCUUUCCCCCAGCAACAAUAUGGUGCCCCACCCCCGUAUCCAGGCAUCCAGGGGCCCGGGCAGUAUCCCGCCCAGUACCCACCAACGCAGCCGUAUCCUCAACAACCGAUCUUCAAGUAGAACG